AUGGGUAAGCGUGAGGUGCAGCAAACGGAUUUGCCUCUCCAUCAAGAGCAAUCAUCUGGUUUCACUAACCCCCUUUCUCUGUGUUGUGAUGGUGCAUUCAAGAAGGACACUGCGGCUAUAGGGGUGAUUCUGAAAUGCUCCAAUGAGACAAUUGUGGAAGGUAUUGCCGAACAGGUUCUGGCUGUAUCUAGCUUAUUUUCUGAAGCAGCUGUUAUAAGAGAAGCUUGUCUCUUGGCUUCUGCAACUGGGCUUAGAAAUGUCACUAAAGAGAAGGUGGGAGGGUGCUUAGUUGAGAAGAGAGGUGGAAAAGAGAAAUUUACCGGAGGAUGGGAUCAUCCAUUGGUGCGUGAGAAAGAGAGUGAGGUACGUAUCCAAAGUGUUAAUUAUUCUGAAGAGAUGCUGGAGUGGCAACUGAAAAGGUUAGAGGUGUAG